ACAGAACUAAACCAGAACACUCCCCAAUACAAAAAUAGAAAGACACUACAAAAAAAAACCCCUUCUUUCUUCCUUAUCAUGCUUUUGCUUUUUAUCAUCAUCCAGCUGCUUCCUUUCCUUUCUUGUAUGAACCAAAUUAGGGUUUUCUCUCAAAUUGGGUAUAUUUUCAAUCUCUUGGGUUUAUAAGCACUAAAAAAGCAAGUGUUACUUCUUCUUCUCCCUCCUUUCUAUAUUUAGCAAUAUAUAAGGAAAAAAAAAAAGAGGGAAAUUAAAAAGGAAAAAAAAUGGGAAGAGGUAAGGUUCAGCUGAAGCGAAUCGAGAACACGAUAAGCAGGCAAGUAACAUUCUCAAAGAGGAGGACGGGAUUGCUCAAAAAAGCUCAUGAGAUCUCGGUUCUGUGUGAUGCUGAUGUGGCACUUAUUGUCUUCUCCACCAAAGGGAAGCUCUUUGAGUAUUCUACUGAUUCCAGCAUGGAGAGGAUUCUGGAUCGAUACGAACAAUAUACCUUUGCAGAACGGCAACUAAACGGAACUAAUUCUGAAUCACAGGAAAACUGGUCCGUGGAAUACCCCAAACUUGCGGCAAGGAUUGAAGUCAUACAAAGGAAGCUGAGGAAUUUUACGGGAGAAGAUUUAGAACCCUUAAGCUUGAGAGAGCUUCAAAAUUUGGAGCAACAGCUUGAUACAGCUCUUAAGCGCAUACGAACAAGAAAGAACCAACUCAUGCAUGAAUCCAUUUCAGAGAUGCACAAGAAGCAAAAGGCACUACGGGAACUAAACAACUCGCUGGCAAAGCAGGUGAAGGAGAAUGGAAAGAUGCUUGAGGAAGAGCAUGAUCAGGUGCAGGUAGUAGGGCGGCAGCAGCAAACUAACCAAGGCCGCCACAACUCAUCCACCCUCAUGCUAAUGCCGCCACCCCAACGCCCAUCAACACCAUCACUACCUACUUCUCGAAGCACCAGAAAAUCAUGCAGUGGGGGAUUCCAGGCAAGAGGAGCAACGGAUGACGGUGAUUACGAGGGAAGACCUCGGCCGCCUGCUGCUAAAAACACACACAUGCCACUGUGGAUGCUUCGCCAUUUGGAUGAAAUAUAAGCUUUGCCGUGCCUACUAGUCAAAUAAAAUGUUUUGGGUUGUGGAAAUGUUCCAAGAUGCAUAUCACUAAUCAACAUUUAAUUUACAUCUACUGUUAAUGUGUUUUUUGUUAUUAUAAUUAAAGAAUAAGAAAAACAAUGUUUCUUCA